CCCCUCAGAGAUCGUGCAGGCGGUGCGUCAUGGCUCCGGCCCCCACCUCACCUGUUCCCCCCCCCCUCCCCCCCCUCAGACCCUCGCUCUGCCCCCUCAGCCACAGCGAGGAUCUGGGGCUCCUGAUGCAGCGCUGCUGGAACCAAGAACCAGCAGAACGUCCCGACUUCAGCUCCAUCAAGAUCCUGCUGAGGAAACAGCACAGGGGUUACGGUUCGAACAUCCUGGACAACCUGCUCUCCCGGAUGGAACAAUACGCCAACAACCUGGAGGAACUGGUGGAGGAACGGACUCAGGCGUAUCAUGAAGAGAAGCGUAAAGCAGAGACCCUGCUGUACCAGAUACUACCUCACUCAGUUGCAGAGCAGCUGAAACGAGGACAGACGGUUGAGGCCGAGGCCUUCGACUCCGUCACCAUCUACUUCAGUGACAUCAUCGGGUUCACAGCGCUGUCUGCGGAGAGCACGCCACUGCAGGUGGUGACGCUGCUCAACGACCUGUACACCUGCUUCGACGCCAUCAUCGACAACUUUGAUGUUUACAAGUGUGUCCCCCGGUGUGUCCCCGCUGUGUCCCCGCUGUGUCCCCGCUGUUUUAAAGACAGCCGGUUUGUGCCGCGAGCCCUGCUGCCUAAUAACCGACAGAGCUCUCCUGAACCGGGGGAACGGGGAGAUCUCAUUAGGCGGCUGCCUAUGAUCUCUGGGAUUUCCUGGAGAAUACCGCCUAUCGACGGCAGAGCCGUGAUGGUGGAUAGAGGCGGACCCAGUGCCAGCCCGGCAGCCGAACUUAUAGGCUCGGCUGUCGGGCUGACACCGGGCCCCGCCCUGUCUCCACCGUCCGGAGGAGAGGGAGGAUGGGGCCAGGGGAACCACAUGGUGAUCCGUGAAUGGAGGGGAAGGAGUCGCCUGCCUGCUGCCCGCCACUCGGAUCCCAUCAAUCAAGGGCUUGGUCCACGGAGUAAGACUCUUGGACCAGCCAAUCAUCCUCGGCCGCAGCCGCGAGAGCGUCCGCUCUCCGCUGUCUGUGUGCCGGAGGGCCAAUGCUUCUGCAACGGGGUGCUGAAGAAAAAAU